AUGGCUGUCAAGCAGCCCGGGAAGUCUAUAGCCUUCGAGCUUCUGCUCGAUGAGAGUUCCAAGACAAGAGCGCGCAUUCCCCUCAGGGUCCUAGUCAAUGCGCACGAUACCACCGAGUCGAUCAUUGCCACAGUCAAGAACUUCUAUGGCAUCUAUGACGGCCAUGGAAUCAGUUUCGAGGAUUCUCAGGGCAAUACUCUGAUUGCCUCCUAUGAGAACUUGGCUGCCAAUACCACUUUCUACGUCAGGACUGUGCCUGGCUCAAAUGGGGCCACACCAUACCCGUCUGGCCCCUUUGCGGUGCCUGCUGUACCGGAGCCUCAGCGACAGCCCAGUCUUGGGGAACCAUUCCAGAUGUUGCCACCUCACAUGCGAGAGCAGUCACAUUCCCCUUCCCGCUCGUCGUCAAGACUAGCCAGAAAGCGAAGCGUCUCCCCAUCGCAGAAUCGUGGAAGACGGAGCGUUUCUCAGCAGAAACCUGCCUCCUUCUCUGCCGUGAGCCGUGGAUCCAGCGCCAGCGGGAACUACAGUGACGACAAUGGGUACAGCGAUAGCGAGGCCGGCAGGAGCUCUGUUUCAGGCUCUCGUCGAGCAAAGAGUGAAAUGCUGGCCAGCUCUGAUAUCAGCACAGCCAACGUGUUGCAAGAUGGACGCCGUGGUCAGACGAUCUUUGACAGCUCGACACUGCCACUCUUUGUACCGCCACAGGUUCCUAUCGCUGCCUCCCAAUCUUCAAUCUCCCCACAGAGGCGCUCCCUUCUUCAGGAGGGGCCUUCCCCCUUCCAGCCGCCGGCGCAGAAGCUCUUUGGGCAGCCACCGCCAAUGCUCUCGCCGCAAAGCCACAACCCCCGGUACUCGAACGGCUCGACCGAUCAGUACUCCGCUACGGGGGGGUUCGCUGCCCCCCAGCAUCGUCAUCAUCUGCGAGACAGGAUGCAGACGACACCCUAUACUGGAAGAGCAGGAUACAGUGGGAUAUUGCCCACCCCAGACCCCACAGUGGCCAGCUGCAUCUCCGACGAAGACGUUGCUCGGACUCUGAUUGCGCUAGGGGACGCUUCCAAUUACUCUCACGGACGCACGUCUAACUCGACCAUGGACGAGACUUUUAGUGGCGCUGCCGAUGCAGCCUCUUCCACUGGCGCUACCAGCGACAGUGAUGAGUAUAGUGAUGAAGAAGGCGGUCAGCCCAAGCACCGCAGAUACCUCGAUGAAGGCGAGGUUGAAUACGAUACUGACGGGCACAUUAAGAGUGAGUUCGAUGAUUUCGAAGGUGCGCCCAAGACCAAGAAAAUCAAGACUAAGAUGCAUGACGGCCCUACCCACAUGCAUGGCUCCGGUCGUGCUGGCUCUCAUUCGAAGAACAAGAGCAAACCCCGUCAGGGACCGAUGAACAAGCCUACAAAGCCUUCGCUUGCAGGUUCUAUGCCCGCGCCUCGCAAGGCUUCUUCGGCGUCUUCCACCAACAUGCCGGCAUAUGGUGUUGAUGAAGAAGAUUUGUCGACCAAGCCUCGCUGCCAACGCUGCCGUAAAAGCAAAAAAGGAUGCGAUCGACAGCGGCCUUGCCAGCGCUGCAAGGACGCCGGCAUUGGCCCUGAAGGUUGCGUCAGCGAAGAUGAAGGCAACGGUCGACGAGGUCGUUUCGGUAGGCACAUGGGCGUACCGGUGAAAAAGACCAGUCUUGAGUCGCUUUCCAACGCGGACGACUCACUCAUGCUGCCACCCAUGGCCGUCGAGACAGUCGCAGGCAUGGGCAGUCCCUCGAAGGACAAGAAGAGAAAGAGAUAG